AUGCCCGAGUACGUUUUCUGCUCGCAUUCCUUCAGGGGCGCGAGUGCCGCCUAUCGCGAGGACAACGGCGGGCUCGGCUGCGAUUGCUCGUGCAGGCCACCUCCCCUCAGGCGCCACACCGAGGUCGGCGAAAAGGCAGGACCGCUCCACGACUUGAGCGUCUUGCUCUUCGACGACGCCAAAAAGCGACGCGACAGGUACAGCGUCGGUGGCGCCACGGACUUGCUUCCUGCUUCGCCCGGCCUGUCCAUAGACGGGCUCGGCUUCGUCGCCCUUCCAGUCGUCAGCACCGCCGAUGCAGAGCGGCUCGCCGCUGUUUGCCAGCAGAGGCCGACCGAUGGCCGCACGAGCCUUUCCGCCUCGCCUCAAGCGCGCCCGCCGCUGCGCCUCACGGCGACCAGGUUUUCAGUCAAGAACCCGGCAUGGCAGGCCGGCAUCGCUCAGCUCGGCCGAACGGUCGCAGAGGACAUGGGCUUCCCCGAUACGCGCUUCGUCCUCAGCCUGCAGCAGCUGGUGCUCUUCAGGCAAGGCGACCAGCCUCACACGCUCCACGCCAAAGUCGCCACGGAUCAGAGGCUCGCCACCAUGGUGGUGCAGCUGCCUUCCGUCCAUAAGGGCGGCUCUCUAGUCGUCCAGCACGAAGGCAUGUCCAUCACACAUGAUUUCGGGGCCGAUUCCGGGACGGCGCCGUUCCAGUGCCACUAUGCCGUCUUCUACGCCAACGACAAGCACCAGUUCAUGCCGGUGAUCGAGGGCCACCUCCUCACCCUUGUCUACUCGGUAUGCUGGCCAGAGGCGCGUCCGGGCACAGACGCUCCCGUCUCGGCCGACGCCGGGUUCAAGAAGCAGGUCGCCGAGGCCCUCGGGCGCCUCAACGACGAGGACAGACCCUUGUUCUACUUCCUCGAGCAGAGCCUUGUUCCUCCCCCGCCGCUGUAUGCGAGCUCGGUCCCUGGGCCGGCAACCGAGUUUGACGGCGUCGACCUCGAGCGAAAGUCUAUCUUGCUGGCCGCCAACAGUCUCCUGCCGCAACACCAGCGAUACGAGUGGUAUACGGCCGAGGCAGAGUUGCAUGCAAGCUUGCGCUUCUUUGACAAAUCCGACACGGCCAGCCCGCUGUCGGACUCAUACGUCCGGCUCUCGAAGCUCAAGUCUGAAAAAGGCCUCGAAAACGUCCUCACGGCCAGCAACAAGACGUUCCAGGCGCUGUGGGAGAGCAGCAACACCGUAGUUCCGGCACCGUCGUCGGACCCGUCCUCGAGACUGCAUACUUUGCCGGGCGGCGCAAUUCGCAAGAACAACGUCCUCGUCGCCUGGCCCAAGAGAUCUGAAGGCACGCUCCUACUCAGCUACAUCGGCGAAGACGCUGCCUUUCACCGUCUAGUGGCGGCCGGGCCGGAGAACGACCAGCUCGUGGAGCUGCUCGAGGCGAUCAAGGCCUCUUUCGCUUUUAAGGCCUGGCACCCCGCAAAAUCCGGCUACAGGGUGCGCCACGACAUGCUCAGCCGCCUGCUCUCGCGAGACUUCGACGCCAGGCUCUUCCACCUGUACCUGGACAUGUUCCCGAGAGCCAGCCUACUGCUCGACGACCAGGACGGCUGGAACGACCUGCUACGGCUCUCACGGGCUCCAAAAGCGUGGGACGCGACCAAAGGCCGGAUCGCUGCCGCUCUGUCAAAGGACCUGAGCCUCGCCGUCGCUGUCCUCGAGAAAAGCGGGGACGAGGGGUCCACGGCCUUGGCGCAAUCCGCGGUCGACGGCAUCCUUCAGCGUCGCCGCUUCAGGCCGAGCGAGCUGUCCGACUCGAAGCUGCAAGUUCGCCUUUGGGGAGCUGCGUUGGCCCUUGCCGACGAGCCUUUGCUCGCCUUCCUAGUCCAGAAGCACGUUCAGGCGGACGUCGAGGCCCUCGGACCCUGCGUCACGGCUCUCACGAUAGCGCAGCACCGGACGCCGGCGCAGUCCCAAGCCCGCAGCCGGAUCCUCGAGCCGCUCAUUAACGGCCGCAUCGAGUGGACCAGGAAGCAGCAGGCUCAGCUGCCACCAGUCAACGCCGACGCGGAGGCGCUUCGAUGCCCAUGGGACGCCGCUCACCCAAACGCCGAGGUCGAUUCGUUCCUGCGCAGCACGCAGCGGUGGACCAGGUUGGGGAACUUCCGGUCCAUUUACAUGGCCCGCCGAUUGGCUCAAGAGUUCGACUCGUUCAAGCAGCGUUACUGGGCCCCCAAGGAGCACAGUAGAGUCAUGUGGAAGGUGCCCGGUUUCAGCCCUCCAGCCUUCACCUGCGAAGCCAAAGCCUUUCAGAGUGGCGGCAAGUUCUACGUCGACUUCAACAAGGGCAGCGAGCACCUCCAAAGGCAGUACCAGGAGCACGACACGAAGCUACAGGCGCUCAAGCACGAGGAGACGAGGCUCUUGGCCAUGUUCCCCGCCGACGAGGUCGAGGGGCAGGGCAGACCGCCGCUCGCACCCCCACCCCCCAACGGCGCCGAGGUUGCAAGGGGAGCCAGCCAGCCCGCGUCGGAAGCGUCGACGGCGACAUCGACGAUGACGGCAGUCGCCCAGAGCACCGUCGGAUCCACUGCGACGGCGGCCCCGAGCACUGCGGACGCGCGCGGCGAAGAAGAGCCGCAGCAGAAGAGGGCCAGGACGACCGAGACGACAGGUGUCAAGGCCGAGUAG